CUCCUGGGUGUGUGGUCGCCAUGAUGGCUAACCAGUAUUUUGACGAUGACGCUCUUCCCCGAACUCUGUACGUUGGAAACUUGGACCGGCAGGUGACAGAAGCCUUCAUACUACAACUAUUCGGUCAGAUAGGGCCGUGCAAGAGUUGUAAAAUGAUAGCAGAGCACGGUGGUAACGAUCCGUAUUGCUUCGUGGAGUUUGUAGAACACAGUCACGCUGCAGCGGCAUUGCAAACUAUGAACGGAAGGAUGAUUUUGGGCAAGGAAGUCAAAGUAAAUUGGGCCACAACACCAAGUAGUAUGAAGAAGGACACAAGUAGUUUGUCAGAUCAUCACCAUGUGUUUGUGGGGGACUUGUCUAGUGAAGUUGACACGCCAGAUUUGAAAGCAGCAUUUGCACCAUUUGGACAAAUCUCAGACGCUCGUGUAGUUAAGGACUUACAAACAAACAAAUCUAAAGGAUAUGGCUUUGUUUCUUUUCUCAAUAAAGUGGAUGCAGAGAAUGCCAUACAGGGAAUGAAUGGACAGUGGUUGAGUGGGAGAGCAAUUCGUACUAAUUGGGCCACACGUAAACCUCCACCGCCUCGGCAGCCAGAAAGUUUUUCAUUUGCGUCUGCAGCCACCAAACAACUAUCCUAUGACGACGUGUGCAACUCUUCUAGCUAUACCAACACAACAGUUUAUAUUGGGGGUGUGACAACAGGACUGACGGAGGGAAAAAUGAGGGAAACUUUUUCUCACUAUGGACAUAUACAAGAAGUUAGGAUAUUCCCAGAUAAAGGAUAUGCUUUUAUUCGAUUCAUGACUCAUGAGAGUGCAGCACAUGCAAUCGUCUCAGUGAAUGGAUCUCAGAUAAACGGACACAUGGUCAAAUGUUCCUGGGGUAAAGAGUCCUCUGAUCCUUUGUACCAAGCACAGCCAAAUACCUAUCCUGGCUAUUACAAUUACCAACAGGGACAAUGGAAUCAAUACUACCAACAGUAUGCUACCCAGCAGCCCCAGGUGCAGCCACAGCAAUAUAUGGGAGGAGCGGCUGCUGUGCCACAACAAAGCAGCUAUUACUACCCACAAUAUCAAGGACCGAAUGUAAUGGUUGGAUACAACAUGCCAGCUGGUUAUGGUGCACAGGCUGGGCAGCCUACAUUAACACAACAAAGUUAUGCAGCUGGUCAGCAACAGCCGACAAUGAAUCAAGUCCUGCCGAGCAACCCUGGCGGCCUUCUGCCCACUCCUGCAUCUCAACCAAGCUACAUGCAGCCACAAGGGUACCAGGCCCAGUAAAGGAGUCUUCAGAAAACAUGUGACGUUGCCAUGGGAAUAUCAUCAUCAUCGUUGUCAUAGAAUAGAGACUGAAGGUUUUGUGUACCAAGGACUGCAUGUUUUCUUCCCAGGACACAAACACACCUAAUUGUUACAACGUGUCAAGAUGAUGGACGAUAUACCAGUGGUAACACCACUAACUGUUGUACAUAAUGUCACACGAAUGUAUAAUUUGAGUCAAAUUCAAAUAAAUUUUCCUGUGAUAGAAAUGUUCAAGCAAGGCGUUCUACAGAAUGAACAUUGGCUUGAAAGCAUUGUUCAUUAGCCAGGGUCUGUAAUCUAGGCUGCAAAUUACAAUGAAUUAAUUUUAUUCAUCUGCGGCAAGGUCUCUGAUUGACAGCUGUAUUUUAGUUGGACACUUUUACUGGCUAAUCAUUUCAUUGUCCAUCCAUAUUAUCAUGCUUUCUUUUGUAGACUAGAGAACUGGCAGUAUCCCGGUGAUAUUGUUGCCUUCAUCUGCUGUAUAGCAUUUCCUAAGUUAGGCAAGAAUUUUUGAAUUAAAAAAAAAAAAAAAUUAAUAAUUAUAUGUAGUAAGUUUUGAAGAAAAGUAUGAAAGAAAAAAAACAAGACACGUCCAAAUCAGUUUACUAUUUUGUCGGAACCAUAAAAGUAUUUUUCUGAUAACCUUGUCAAAAAUGGUGUCAAACAGAGGCCUUGCUGCAGUACCACAGAUUCAUUUGUGUAAAAAGAUUUUUAAAAUGGCUGGUAUCAGCCAAACUGUGUAAAGAUCUAUAGUAACUAGUAACCCCUACCCUCAGUAGUAUAGUUUACAAAGGUAUAAGAAAAAAAAUUGUUGGUGCCCUUGCGUGAAAGAUAGUAGUUAGAGCAGUGCGUGUGUGUGUGUGUGUGUGUUUUGCUCGUAUAGCAGCAUUGUGACAAGAAUACAGUGUGUAUAAGCUGUCAGAGGCAGGCUGACAUUACUAGACAUAGGUAUAUAUGUGGUAGUAGUCCAAAGUACAGUGUUGUGCCAGCUUCACUUUUUUGUUUGUCAGUUUCGAAACCAGCAAAAGAAAGACUUAGAAAUUCACAAAACAGUAGUUGCUUAUUGACAGACCGUGUCUGAGUCUGAAUGGUAAAGUUCCUUUUUAAAACAGUGUUUAUACAAAAUGAUCACACCCCCUCCCCUAUUCAUAUUGUUAAUGUAAAUGUUGGUACUCUCUGCUUGUGCAUUCACAGCUUGAUUCAGCUGUCUUCAAUAUCUUUUAUGCCACCAAUAUUAUGGGAUAGAUUGAGAUUUUUCAGAAACUGACUGCUGGUUUUUUUGUUCAUGGUGUUGACGGGGAAAUCAAGUUGUAUUUUUUUUAUUUUAAAUAAACUCUGUGUAGCACAUAUUCUCAGAUCUCAGGCAAAUUCUCUAUUUUCUAUUUUCAUUGGAUUUCAGAUAAAACGAAUGGAACGCUUCAAUAUUUUGUCUCCACCAGCUUUUUGACCCUUGUGUUGCCCGCAGUUUAUAUAAACAAGAACAAAACUUCUCUUUUUUGAAAAGAAAUAAUUUGUCCGUAAUUUGUGUAUACUUCCUAAUAUAUAUUUAGAUACAAUAAAAGAUGCAUCAAAAUUCCAGAUUGUGUACAGGCAUCGUAUGAAGGUUUCUUCUUUUCCUAGAUACAAGUCCGUUUUAUAGAGAAAACUUUUAAAAAAGGCAGCUGUUUUCAUAAUUUAAAUUUUUGUUUUCGUAAGUUAUGCAUACGAUUUGAUGGUAACUCAAGGGUUUAUUAGAGUUAUGGUGGAAGAUGGUUCGGGUACUUUAUGCUUUAUGGGUACAUACUUUUUAGAUGCUGUGUAAAAAUAAACUUGAUUUUGGCAUUUUGAUGGAGUUUGGUUUUUAAAAUCAAGAAAGACAAUGUUUUCAACUUGUGCUACUUUUUGAGGUAGAAUCUUCUAAAAUUUGUUUAGAUUUUGAUAAGAGUGUCACCUUUGAUAUUACCUGGUAGGAGAAAAUGAUUUGUAGCAUUAUGCUCUGGAUCAUCUGCAUUCUUAUCUCCUAGUAACUGCAUCAAUUUUGUAUUUAAAAAAAGAGAGGGCAAUAUUUUAGUUUCUAUAAAGUCCUUUCAUUUGUUUCUGGUCGAAGUAGUGCUCAGUGUGUUGUAUUAUUAUUGUUUUUGCUUUGUAUUUAUGUCAAAAGAGGUACUUUUAAAGUACUGAUUGUUGUCAGAAUCUUGUAUAAAAAAAUAAUAUCAGUCUGAAUUGAUGUAUUUGUAAUUUGUACAUAACUGAGAAAAAAUCUUUUGAUACACACAAUAUACCUGUGACCUAUGACUUCUGUGUGCUUUACAUGUGAUCACAUGACCCCCCCCCCCCCCCAUAGUACAUGGGCAGUUCAUACCUGUGAAGAUCCUGGUGUAAAGACAGUGCUGGCCUAAAAUUUUAAAAAGAUUAAAAAAAAUGUGUUUUCUUUUUGAGAAAGAGAGAGAGGAAAAACAAAUAAGUGCUUAAAUUUAGUAUAUGGGCAAUCUUAAUCCCAAUGAAUGUCUUGUUUUUAAGGGUAUAGUCGUAGAAUGUAACCAUAGACACAAAAUAUGCAGUUAAACUUACUGGGGUAGCAGAAUAUCUAGUCUGGUAAAAAUAUAAAUUAUGAUUGGAUUUAAAGAUUGGGGGAAAAAGUUGUAGUUAGCUAGAUAAAAACUGUAAUCUUUUAGACUGUAGUAUUGUUGAGUUUGUAGUUUAUUGUAUCAGACUGUCAAAACCAGUUGCCAUGGUAACGAAGCUCCUAAGAAAAGCGUUGUAAUUCAUUUGACAUCUGGUUUUGCAGAUGAACAGAAAAAAGCAAAUAAAAAUAUAAUUUGUAAAUUU